AUGGCUUCAGCUCCUGGAUCACUAUCACCAAUUGAGCUGCACGGAGCGACUCUCGAAGGUGGAGGCCAAUUAGUCCGUAUCGCCCUUGGUCUCUCUGCGCUCACCAAGGAGCCAAUCAGUAUCAACAACAUUCGUGCAAAACGCUCAGGUGGUGGUGGUCUGAAGGCUCAACACUUGACCAGCGUCCAAUGGCUCGGUGAAGCCUCCAACGCGCAUGUUACGGGGGCAGAACUAAAGAGCAAGGAAAUCACUUUUUCUCCAAAUACCACCGGCGGACUAAGCACAAUUCUCUCUGCAGGAGAAGUCCGCAUUAAACAGUCUACACCCGGAAGUGUCAAUCUCGUUCUACAAGCCAUACUACCCUAUCUUCUCUUCUCAAGGGCGUCAUCACCCCUACGUGUUCAAAUCACAGGAGGAACAAACGUAUCCAACUCACCCUCAUGCGACUACAUAACCCAAGUCCUACUACCAACACUAGAGCUCAUCGGAAUACCCCACAUCGCCACCAACCUACACUCGCGAGGCUGGUCCCAAGGCACCACUAGUCUCGGCAGCGUUACAUACGCCGUCACUCCUUUGACCAGCCAGCUACCAUCUUUCCAACUAAUAAGCAGGGGCGAAGUAGAACGAGUAACGGCCACCAUCAUCGCCCCUAAAACCACCGAGCGCCACUUCCGCGAAGAGCUAGAUGUAAUGUUCGAGCGUCGCCAAUCCCACUUCUCCACCAGCAAUGAGGUCGAUGUACAAAUCACAUUCGAGGACUCACAUCACGAGAAGAGGUACUACCUCCUCUUGGUAGCCACCACAUCUACCGGCAUGAAACUAGGUCGCGACUGGCUAUAUGACCGUGGCGUGCGAGCAGGUCAACAGCCACAACACGUUGUUGCCAACAUUGUGAAAACGGUUUCGGAUAAUUUACUAGCGGAGAUUGAACAUGGUGGCUGUGUAGACGAGUAUCUGCGUGAUCAAUUGGUUGUUUAUCAGGCACUUGCGCGGGGGAAGAGUGAAGUAUACGGUGGCGAGAAGAAAGAUGGACUUGUAAAGCCGAGUUUGCAUGCGAGAACUGCGCAGUGGGUGGCGGGGGAGGUACUUGGGGUUGAGUUUGAUGAGCGGGGAGGAUGCGAGGGGAUUGGAUUCUUGCCUAGCAGCGAGGAAGAGUUGGUACGGAAAUUGGAUGCGCUCCAUGUUGCGGAUACGUAA